GCAUCUCCUGCAGGUGGGAGGUGGUUAGGGGGCCCCCUGCAGGUGGGAGGUGGUUAAGGGCGCCCCCUGCAGGUGGAUGGUGUUUAGAGGCGCCCCCCUACAGCCCAGAACCCCAGCUUCUUGGUGGACCUAAUCCUGAGCAAGGAACCAGGGGUCAGCUUUUCAGGGAAGACCAAGCGGCCCUCCUGUCCGGGCUCCUCAGGAGAUGGCAGACGGGCGUCCCGGGUGCAGGGAGGGACACACCCCAGGGACGCCCCACGACAGGGGACUUGGGUUGCCGUCUCUGAUUAGGCCGAGGCCGAGUCCUGCCAGUGCACCUUUACCAGGGUCCCCCUGCACGGAGGCGCCACGCUGAAGGUCAGCACCACCGUGGACGGGGCCCCGGUGCAGGAGGAGCUGCCCUUCACCAACCCAGGUGCAGAGGGCACCGCCGCCCGGAACUUCUCGUGCGCCAUCUACAACGCGGCCUUCAUGAACUGCACCUGGGCGCCGGGCCCUGCGGCCCCCAGCGACGUCCAGUAUUUUCUGUACCUGCGACAGUUGAAAGCUAACAGUGAAAGUGAUGAAACCGAAUGUCCCCAUUACGUACAAGACUCGGGGACCCACAGGGGUUGCCACCUGCGAGACAUCUCCAAGUUGAAGUACAGAACUUUCUUCCUGGUGAACGGGACCAGCCGGGGGACGGAGAUCCGGUUCUUUGAUUUGAUUCUGUCGACAAGGGAGAUGGAGCAGAUCAGUCCCCCGGACAACAUCAGCGUCCAGUGCAACACGUCUCACUGUGUCCUCCAGUGGAACCAGCCCAGGACCAAGACGUACCUGACCUACCUGGACUUCCAGUAUCAGCUGGGCAUCCGGACACAGAACACGGAAAGAGCCGGCGGUGACAAUUCAGUGAUCAACGUCUCUGGGGAAGUGCACAACCUGUACCACCUGCCCAGCCCGGAGCCCAGAGGCCCACACAGYCUGAGGAUCAGAGCCGCGGACUCCCGCGGGGGACCCUGGGGUCACUGGAGCCACCCCGUGGAGUUUGGCUCCGGGGGACAGGAGGGCGGCCUCGUGCACGUCUACCUGCUUGUGGUCCUGGGGACCCUCGUCUGCGCCCUGGUCCUCUGCUUCCUGUUGCACAGGUUCCACGGGCUGCGCAGACUCUUCCCCCCGAUCCCUCAGGUCAAAGACAAAGUGRCCCCAAACGAUCCAGUGGACCACCAGAUGGACUGGGCAGCCGUGGCCGCAGCGGCCSGCAAAGACGAUCUGGAAGACGUCGUGACGGUGCAAGAAGUGAACUGAGCCGCASGUGGGCACGGAGGGACGCGUCCACCCCCCGAGAUGUCCGGAAGUGCUCCCUCCCGUCCUCCGUCGCCCGCGU